CAAACCAUCAUGGCAGAACCAUAGAAUUUUCAGCAUUUUUUUUUUUUGAAAGAAAGACUCUACCUUUAUUAUUUGUGAGGCUUUGAGCAGUGACAGAAGCAAGCUAUUGUUGAUAGUCCACUUUCCAUAGAUAUAGUUUUCAUGUUUGAAUUAUUAUCUUCAUUCCAUGUCGUUGUUAUUUUUAUUUCAACCCUUAACAUUGUUUUCAAUUUUCUCCAAAUUUAAAAUCUCCCCCUUUUCCAUCUUGCUUCCGGGUCAACUGAAGAAACUUGAUGGAUUUUGAGAGAGAGAGAGAGAGAGAGAGAGAGAAGAAAGGUAGCACAAAAAGCGAUGCAGAUUUGUUAUCCCCAAGUUUGAAGAAUCAAAGCCUUGUAAUUGAGACAUAGAUACAAAAGUGCAUACGUAUUUGGGAGCAAGAUUGGAAUGUUUGGAUGUUUUGGUCAGCGCUCAUAAUAAAGACAUGGUGGAUCAACUUAACAUAGUAUCGUUUGUGUUCUUGUUCUUGUUGCUGUUUAAGUUUCAAUUCACAUUGGAGCAAAUUGAGCCACUGAGUUCACCUACUGAGCGAGCAGCACUGCUGGAACUUCGAUCUUCUCUGGGCUUGAGGAGCAAGGAAUGGCCAAGAAAAGCUGACCCUUGUUUAAACUGGAAUGGUGUUAGGUGCCAAAAUGGUCGAGUUGUUGCCAUCAAUAUAUCUGGCUUUAGAAGAACCAGGCUUGGGAAGAAAAAUCCACAAUUUGCUGUGGAAGCCUUGGCCAAUUUCACCCUAUUGGAGUCCUUCAAUGCCUCCAAUUUUCUGCUCCCUGAUCCUAUCCCUGACUGGUUUGGCCAACAGCUCUCUUCACUUCGGGUGCUUGAUCUUCGUUCUUGCUCCAUCAAUGGUUCUAUUCCUCCCAGUCUUGGGAAUUUAACCAGCCUCACUAGCCUCUAUUUGUCUGAUAACAAACUUACUGGGAUACUUCCUAUUAGUUUGGGUCAACUGUUAGCAAUUUCAGUGCUUGAACUUUCCCAUAAUUCUCUUAGUGGAUCCCUGCCGGCAUCGAUUUUCUCUCUUCGGAAUCUUUCUUCCCUUGACAUUUCUGCCAAUUUUUUAUCCGGGUCGAUUCCCCCAGCCAUUGGGGCCCUCUCCGAGUUACAAUACUUGAAUCUAUCCAACAAUGACCUAACUUCUUUUAUACCAGCAGAAUUGGGGGAUCUAAGUGGCUUAGUUGACCUUGAUCUUAGUGAGAAUUCUUUUUCUGGUGCUGUGCCCUCAAAUUUGAAAGGGUUUAGGAACAUGCAGAGAUUGAAUCUUGGGAAUAAUAUACUUGAUGGACCUCUGCCAGAGGACCUGUUUACUAAUUCAUCACAGUUUCUGUUCAUAAUGCUGAGACAGAAUAAUUUCACUGGUGCUUUGCCUGUGGAGUUGUGGUCUCUGCCAAGAUUGAGCUUCCUCGAUGUCUCUAGCAAUAACUUCACUGGUCAGCUUCCUAAUUCUAGUUUCAUUGCUAAUUCUACUGUUGCGGAGCUCAAUAUUUCUCAUAAUAAGUUUUAUGGAGGCCUCACUCCUCUGUUAAGAAGAUUCGGUUUCAUUGAUCUGUCAAGCAAUUAUUUUGAGGGCAGGGUUCUGGACUUCAUGCUUAAUGCAUCUGUAGAUAGCAAUUGCCUCCAAAAUGUGACCGAUCAGAGGACACCAGUAGAAUGUGCAUCAUUUUAUGCUGAGAGGGGCCUCACUUUUGAUAAUUUUGGACGUCCAAAUUCAACAGGUGCUCCUGCAGCAAAAGGCUCUGGGAAGAGCAAUAAAAAAAAGAUAAUAUUGGCAGCAGUCUUGGGUGGGCUGGGUUUAAUUGCACUUUUGUUGUUACUCGUACUGCUGCUUCUAUGCAUUCGAAAAAAGGGUAAUUCAAAUCAAAGGGGAAAUGGUGUGGGCCCUGCUCCUGCUGGAGGCAGUUCUCCACAACCUGGCGAACUAAUUAACUUUUCUAGUGUUGGAGACUCAUUUACAUAUCAUCAGCUGCUCCAGGCCACAGGUGACUUCAAUGAUACAAAUCUUAUCAAACAUGGUCACACUGGGGAUCUCUUUAAUGGUGUUUUGGAAAGUGGGAUUCCUGUAGUCAUCAAAAGGAUUGACAUUCGUUCAACUAAAAAGGAUGCUUAUUUAUUGGAAUUGGAAUUUUUUAAUAAGGUUUCACAUCCUAGAUUUGUUCCCCUGCUGGGUCAUUGCUUAGAAAACGAGAAUGAGAAGUUCCUGGUUUAUAAACAUAUGCUAAAUAGGGACUUGUCAAACUGCUUGUACUACAGAAAAACUACAUCUGAAGAUGGUAGCUUGCAGUCAUUGGACUGGAUAACAAGGUUGAAAAUUGCCAUUGGAGCAGCAGAGGCCCUAUCUUAUCUGCAUCAUGAAUGUAAUCCGCCCUUUGUUCACAGAGAUAUCCAAGCGAGCAGUAUACUUCUAGAUGAUAAAUAUGAAGUUCGGUUAGGAAGUCUAAGUGAAGCCUGCCCUCAAGAUGUGGAUACUCAUCAAAGCAAAAUCACCCGGUUGCUGCGGUUGCCCCAGUCCUCUGAACACGGCACUCAUGGUGCAUCAACAUCAAUUUGUGCCUAUGACGUGUAUUGUUUUGGGAAAGUAUUACUUGAGCUGGUGACCGGUAAGCUGGGAAUUAGUGCAUCCAGUGAUGCUGAACUAAAGCAAUGGUUGGAGCAAAUGCUACCUUGUAUUAGUAUUUACGACAAGGAGCUUGUGACAAAAAUAGUGGAUCCAUCUCUGAUUGUUGAUGAGGAUUUAUUAGAGGAAGUGUGGGCAGUGGCCAUAGUUUCCAGGUCUUGCCUAAAUCCCAAACCUUCAAGAAGACCCCCUAUGAGAUAUGUUCUCAAGGCUUUGGAAAACCCUUUCAAAGUUGUAAGGGAAGAAAAUUCCAGUUCUGCAAGACUCAGAGCAACCUCUUCUAGAGGCUCUUGGAAUGCUGCAUUGUUUGGUAGUUGGCGUCAGAGUUCAUCUGAUGUAACAGUAAUGCCGGCAGCCUCAGGUACAAGAGUAGAAGGAGGGAGUACUUUAAAGCGUUCAGGAACUACUGGCUCACAGGGUAGUUUCCUCAAUGCUGGGGGUGAUGUUUCAUCCUCCCUUACACGUCAUUCAAGGGAGAUAUUCCCUGAACCUUCUGGAGUUCAAGAUGUAGAGAGGCAGGAGCAGGAGUAGCUGAAGGCGUAAGUCUUGAUUUUUUUAGGUAAUGAUCCAACAGGCUUUCCAUUCCCAUUGCUGUUCACCUAAUACCAUGAGCUCUUGUUGGUUUUGGUGCUGUGCUUGGAUAUUGGAAUUGGAAGGCGCAUAUUGUACAUUUCUGCGGUUUGAACUUGUCAUCUUUUAAACGGGAAUUGUAUUUCUUUUUCAGUGGUUUUGGACAAAGUUGCAUUCAAGUCCCUUGAAUUUGUCACUUUUCAAAGGGGAAUUGUAUUUCUUUUUCGGUGGUUUUGGACACACAAACAUGGUGGACAGAUAGAGAUAAAAGGACCAGAAUGUCGAGUGCUAUGGUAGAUUUUGGAUCCUUUGACUGCUUGUUUUGGAUAGAAAACAAGCCACAAUUUUUUCACUUGUAAUUGAUUUUUUUUUUUAACCCAUUGUUGAGAGUCUUCUCUUG